AUGAAGAAAUAAUAAGAAGAAAUUGUUUAGUUAAUAAAUACAAAUUAAUAGAAUCAAAAAUGUUUAUAACCUAUUUUAUAACAGGAUUCUGAACUUAUUUAAGAGUCUUCAUCAGAAUAAUCCCAAAAAAUCACUGAAAUAAAAUCAUAAACUGAAGGUGGAUUUGAGUUUGGAGAUUUAUUGGAAAAAAUUGGUUAAGCUGUAUAAACAAAAGAAAAAGGAGAAAAAAUGUAUUAUGUAUUAUGGCAAAAGAGAUCAAAUGGUAAUUAUUUAUAUAUUUAUAUUAGGUAUAAUACCAAAGAAUAGAUGGGUUAAUAGUGAAUAUCUAAUGAAACAUGAUAUAAAGGCAUUAUGUUACUAUCUUCAAAGAAAAUUAUAAUGA